GAGAGAAUCAAUAACGGAUUCAAGAAUCUUCUUCUGUAAACCCUGUAACUAACUCCUCACCUUCACUCAUCCAUCAAUGGCGAUCCACAUUUCAAUGGCUUCCAUUUCCUUUCUUCUCCUUUUUCUUACAUUCUCUCUACUUCUCCCUCUCUCGUCCUCCAUUUCAGAAGAAACCAUCAAAAAUGCCGCUGAAAUUCUCUCAAAUUCCGGCUUCCAUUCCAUGUCUCUAACUCUUUCUCUCCUUUCCCAAUCCCUCCUAUCAUCUCUCCCUUCUUCAACUCUCUUUACUCCUUCCGAUUCUUCCUUUUCUCUAUCCUCUUUCACCUCUGGUCAGCCUUCUCUUUCUCUCCUCCAAUUUCACUUUUGCCCUCGUUUUUACUCAUUCGCCGAUCUUCAAUCCCUCUCUUACGCUUCAAAAAUCCCUACUCUACUCUUCAAUAACGGUCUUAUCAUUACUUCUUCUACUUUUGAUGAUGAUGUCUUCAUUAAUGGUGUUAAAAUCAAUGGUUCCCCUGUUUACGAUGAUGGGUUUUUCGUUAUUUACGAAAUCGACCAAUUCUUUACCCCUAAUUUCACUAUUGAGUUUACUCUGAGUCCGACUCCGAUUACACCUCAGUGCUCUAAUUUUACUCGUGGUAAUGGCUCGUAUCUGGAAGCUUCUCAAGCUUUGAGGUCAAAAGGGUACUCGUUAAUGGCGGCGUUUCUUGAUCUGCAAUUAACAGAAUUUGGUGAUAACAAACAAAUCAUAACUAUAUUUUCUCCAAAUGAUGCUGCGAUGAAAGGACAAUUAGGCAAUUACAGUGAAUGGGGAUCAGUUUUUCUGAGGUAUAUUGUUGGGUGUGAAUUGAAUUGGGCUGAUUUGAUUGGAUUCAAUGAUGGAAUAGUUCUGAACACAUUCUUGGAAGGGUUUCAGAUUAAUGUAAGUCGUAGUAUUGAUGAAAUUAAUUCUGGGUUUUCAUUGAUGAUUAAUCGUCAAGUUUGGGUGGAAUUUCCGGAAUUAUAUAGGAAUGAUAAGAUUGUAGUUCAUGGAUUAAGUGGAGCAUUGGUUAUGGCUGAGAAAUUUGACGAAGAAAGAUUAGGAGUUGCUUAUUCCCCUGUUGAUCAUGUUGAGUUUUGAAGAUGAUUUCAUGGUAAUUUUUAAAGAUUCUAUCUUCUUUUUGCUU